AUGGUGUCGUACCGAAAAACACGGAUUGUCUGUGUCUCUGAUACCCAUGGCUACUUACCGCAGGAAGCAGGAUUUUCCCUACCUCCGGGAGAUGUCCUGAUCCAUGCUGGAGACCUUACAAACACCGGGACGCUGGCAGAACUCCAGCGCACUAUACAAUGGAUCAAAGAUGCAAACUACGAAGCCAAAAUUGUUGUUGCGGGCAAUCAUGAUGUGACUCUGGACCCAGAGUUUUACGCGGAACACGGAUCGUGUUUUCACAAGAAGCUCGAGAACCCUGCUAAAUGCAUUGAUAUCCUCAAGAGCGAGAACGAUUCUAUUCUGUUUCUCAGCCAUGAAUCUGCCGUGGUGAAACUGUCCCGUCCAGAGGGUCCUCGAACCGCGUUCAAAGUCUUUGGUUCUCCAUUCUCAAGAUUCAGCGGCCGGUGGGCGUUUGGGUAUGACACAGCAGAGGAAGGUGACCGCUUAUGGAGCCAGAUUUCUCCAGAUGCUGAUAUAGUAGUUACGCAUACACCCCCGUUCGGGUAUUGUGACCGUCAUCACCCUGAUGACGAACAGGAAGAUAGUACCUCGUCUGGCUGCAAGCAACUACUUGAUACUCUACGCAACAUUCGACCAAUGCUUUCUAUCUGCGGUCAUGUCCAUGAAAGUCGCGGCUACGAAAGGGUGCUGUGGAAUGGGGAUUCUGGCGCUGUUUCGCUUGCAAAGGAGCCCUUGCCACCUAUUAACAGCAAGAAACAAAGUCUUGUUGAUCUGACCGGGAAAAGGCAGCCUGCAAUACUAAACACAGGGGGGAUUGGCACUUUCGAAGAAGGGCAUGCCGUUCAGGAUGCAGAAGCGAUCCAGCGACUUCGGCAAGAGACAUGCGUUGUCAAUGCUGCUAUCAUGGCUAAGAGCUGGCCUCACGCUGGUGGGAAACAGUUUAAUCGGCCGAUUGUCGUUGAUGUCAACCUUCCAGUCUGGGAUGAGGACGGGGAGCAAUGA